AUGGCCAGCGUCGACACUACAACCAUCCCACUGAACUGCAACAUCUGCCCAAAGAAACCCUCAUUCAGCGAUGUGUCGCACUUGCUCACACACAUUGCCUCAAAAGGCCAUCUAUCCCACUACUACAGGUGCAAAGUCCGCGCCGCCUCCGAGACUGACGCACGCGAAUGUCUAGAGAACUAUGACAGAUGGUACGCCGAUUGGAAGGUUGAGAAACUCAUGUCUGAAAGGAUGAGCGCCAAAGACAAGAAGCGGUCACGUACCAAGUCGAGCAUUAACGUGGAACCAGACGCCACUAGGUCCAAGCCGUCUUCCGCCCGACCAACUCAAGCGGACGACCUGAGACGGCGCGCCAUCAACAGCUUGGACCCUCGGCUCUCUGCACCCCCUGUCAAAGACGAGCCUAGUCCCACUCCUCCGCCAAUGUUGGGUGACACCUUCAGCUACCAUACCUACCCCCGCAUGACGUCUUCUUGGCCAAGCCCACACACUGCCAGUACUGACACUACCCUUACUACACCUGGCAUGGAUGGCUCUGAUGUCUUCACGGAGAGCACGGACACCUUUGAGCGGAAGCUUACCAGUCCUUCUCCAUUCUCCACCUUGGGUGAAUCCACCUUGGCCGAAGCCGACGUUGACAUGAGAGAUCCGAUGGCGGUCAGCGAAGCAUCCAAGCUGAAAGGAGUUUACUGGCCAGGUAUGGACAUCUUCGACUCUGCUACACCUGAGAUGAAGCGAAAGAGAAAUCAAAAGAAGGAUACAUCCGUCCUUGAACAGCUCGAGGAGAACUCGCGCGAGGUAGAACCCAACGAGAUGGUCUUCACCCCAUUCGGCUCAUUGUACAAAUCCAAGACCAUUUCCGGUUCCGACACCAGCAGCUCACCCAUCAAGCUCGAUGCCUCCCCAAAAUGCCCGCGUCUCAACCGCGCUGCCUUGCUCGACUUGGACUUGAACCAACCUCGCUCUCGUCGCCGCAAGUCUCCACGAAAGCGCCGUGUGCAAGAGACAUACGGAGACGAGGACCUUGAACUUGAGCUUACGCUUGGCACGGUAAGGACACAGAAGAAAAAGAGGGGUCUCGUUCCUUUCAGAGAUGACGAACAAGCAGACGAAGUCACCUUUGGACGGCCUGCCAGCUUCAGCAUGUUGACGGCCCCAUUCCAUCCACAACCGGAUCCCACGAUGCAGUUCGACUUUGGCAAGACCUAUGCGGACGCCUUCCAGAUGUCCUACGACACCGCUGGACUCGACUUCAACGUUGCUACACCUACAUACUUUUCCAGUAACCUACCGGCCCCGAACUACCUUCAACAAAACUUACAUAAUGACAUGUCGGCCUUCUUCAACAGUCAAUUCAGCUUAACUGGACAGAGUUGGACCGGCACGAGCUUCCAGCUGCCUGAUGCGCAACCGAAUGUCGAAGCCGAACCAGACGAGAAGCCACAGUAUCAGCAUGAUGUCGACGAUGAAGCUACCAUUGCGGCGCCGCCAUCCGAUGGCGAUCUGCAGUAGUCGCUUUAGCCGACCAGAAACACACUCACGUCAAGCAUUGUAACGUCUCCGGCACCUGCACAGCAAAUAAUCCGUGGUCGUCGUGUAGGAUGGCAAAGCGGCC